ACAAGCCUCUUCAGCCCGAGGUCACCCAAACCGGUCUCGUGCAUUGCUCACUAUAUAUCGUGAGGAUCGCUCAAGGGACCGAUGUAAGGUUUGCCUCUACCAAUCAGUUCACGGCGACGAUGGCCAAGAGUUGUUCAUCGAGCUGCCUUAUGCUCGCAACGACAAUGGCGCUGGGCGUAGUCGUCCUGCUGUCGACGCCGUCUGAGUGCGCGCGCGCCUUCUUCGUGUUCGGCGACUCCCUGGUGGACAACGGCAACAACAACUACCUGAUGAGCACGGCGCGCGCCGACUCGCCGCCGUACGGGAUUGACUACCCCACGCACCAGGCCACCGGCCGCUUCUCCAACGGCCUCAACAUCCCGGACAUCAUCAGUGAGCAUCUCGGAGCUGAGCCCACGCUGCCGUACUUAUCUCCGGAGCUCCAUGGCGAGAAGCUGCUCGUGGGCGCCAACUUCGCGUCGGCGGGCGUCGGCAUCCUCAACGACACGGGCAUCCAGUUUAUGGAGAUGGUGAGGAUGAGCAGGCAGCUGCAGUGCUUCCAUGAGUACCAGGGGAAGCUGCGCGCUCAAGUGGGAGCGUCCCAGGCGACGCAGAUCGUGAACCAGGCGCUGGUGCUCAUCACCCUCGGCGGCAACGACUUCGUCAACAACUACUACCUCAUCCCCUUCUCCCUCCGCUCCCUCCAGUUCUCCCUCCCCGACUACGUCCACUACCUCAUCUCCGAGUACAAGAAAAUCCUCAUGAGGCUACACGAUAUGGGCGCGCGGCGUGUGCUGGUGACAGGGACGGGUCCACUGGGUUGCGCGCCAGCGCAGCUCGCCCGGAGCCGUGGUGGGAAGUGCGACGCCGACCUGAUGCGCGCCGCGGAGCUGUUCAACCCGCAGCUGACCCGGAUCCUGGAGGAGCUCAACGCACGCUACGGCGAUGGAACGUUCAUCGCCGCCAACACCUUCCGCAUCCACUUCGACUUCAUCAGCGACCCGGCGGCGUACGGGUUCCGGAUGGCCACCGAGGCGUGCUGUGGGCAGGGGCCGCACAACGGGAUCGGCUUGUGCACCGCGCUGUCCAACGUCUGCACCGACCGGGACCAGUACGUGUUCUGGGACGCCUACCACCCCACGGAGCGCGCCAACCGGAUCAUCGUCAGCCAGUUCAUGACCGGCUCGCUCGACUACAUCAGCCCGCUCAACCUCGGCACUGCCCUUCACAUAGACGCCAGCCUCAAGGACUGAUAUAUAUGUCCCGAGAGUCCAUGACGCUUGGGCCACGAACGCGUGCGGGGCCUUUCGUAUGUCCUCUUUUGCGUUGAUAUUUUGUGUGGCGAUGCGGUUGUUAUCUGUCAUUUAAUUUAAUUUGUGUGUAUA